CACCGGGGUGUCCCCCUGCCUCGCCGACGGAUCCCUGAGGGUAAUGCUCGAUGGGAAGGAGGAGCUGUCCGCCCCGGGCUCCGUCGCUCUCGCCGAUGACGUCAUCGUGACGGCGGCCAACCUCCCGGGGGCGUGCCGUUCGUUCGGGUUCGAGCACUACUGGGAGCGCAAGAAGCUCCAGAAUGCCCUCCACGGCCGUCACCUCGGCGAGCAGAGCAUGGGAGACUGGUUGCUCGGGGACCCCACGGCUACCAACAUGGACGAGUGCACGGACUACGUUUCGCAAGCCGAGGGGCAGGCCGGGGGCCUUUUUGCCCACCAGUCCGAGCACGCCUCGUUCCAGAUCGUGACCCCCACGGCCACGGUUCGCCUGAGCCACGGUCGCCUCCACCAGAUUGCGACCCGCGACCCCACUGACCGGUUCGACCUCCCCGAUCACACGACCUGGCAGAUGAACUUGGGCGUCGACCACGACGAGGUAAGCUACUCCGCUACCGGGAUCCUCGGUGAGACCUCCACCCCGACCAAGGACGCCAACGGCGAGGACAUCAUGACCGGCAUGGAGGCCAUCCGCGGGUCCGCGGAAGACUACCGCGUCACGGGCCCCCUGGAUGUUACCUUCGCCAUGGACACAAUCGAGCUCUAA